AUGACAUCAGUAUACGGAACUCAAAAGGACCCUAUUAACCUUUAUAAUACAUCUUUACUUAAGUCAACAUCUGAUGAUCAAGUCCCAUUAGCUCUUAAGGAGCUGGGUUAUUCUACCAAUAACUACCUCGUUGACGUGCGCCUGGCACUGGGCUACGCGUCGGUCAUUGUCGCCGCACUAACAGCGUUUUAUGAUCACAAGGUUGGCUUCUUUGCCGCAAAAUACCCUUGGACAGUUCUUGGACUUUUUUUCUAUGCUGCCUUCAACAUUGCCUACACUUAUUGGAUUUGGUUUGUCGAGGCCGGUGUUAUCUAUAGUGGCACUAAGGGCCCUCUUAAAGUCUCAAUUGCCACCAACAAAGGCAGCAAGAAAUCAAAGUACGACCCUGUCUAUGAUAUAAAAGUUACUGUUUCGUCAGAAAAGACUAAAGCUGUGUCAGAAAAGACUGGCACAUUUGACGGCUGGUUUGCCACCAACGGCAUGAUUGACUAUAAAAAGUUUGCUGCGUGGAUUUCAAGUGCAGUCUCAGAGGCCGAAGCUAAAGUUUCUGAAACUGCCUCCAAAAAAAAAAAUUGA